AUGGAACAAAAUGGGACCAACAAUGGGCAGGAUGCAAAGCCACCGGCAUCAUCUGCAGCUGCUGGCGCAAAGAAGAGGCGUAAAGUAAAUCAUGGUAUGCAAAAGUUUCCCAAGGGAACCAACGACUUCCAAGUUUGA